AUGGGAGAAAGGAAAGGAACAAAUUUGUAUUACCCUCCGGAUUAUGAUCCCAAAAAAGGAGGAAUUAACAAAUUUCAAGGAACUCAUGCUUUGCGAGAAAGAGCCAGAAAAUUACAUAUGGGGAUUCUUAUUAUCAGAUUUGAAAUGCCAUAUAACAUUUGGUGUGAUGGUUGUGGAAAUCACAUCGGAAUGGGUGUCAGAUACAAUGCAGAAAAAAAAAAGAUAGGAAUGUAUUACACUACACCCAUUUAUCAAUUUCGAAUGAAAUGUCAUUUAUGUGAUAAUCAUUUUGAAAUAAAAACCGAUCCUGGGAAUUUAGAUUAUGUUAUAGUAUCUGGAGCUAGAAGACAAGAAAGCAGGUGGGAUCCUACUCAAAAUGAACAGGUAGUACCUGAGGAUAAAGAAACAUCUAAAAAAUUAUUUGAUGAUGCCAUGUUUAAAUUAGAACACACGAGCAAAGAUGAGAGUACGAGUAAAAAACAAAAUCCGGUAUUAAAUAAAUUAUUACAAAGAAAUGAUGAUGUUUGGAAAGAUGAUUUUCUAGCCAAUUCAGCAUUGAGAAGGAGUUUUAGAGCUUUCAAAAGAAAAAAAGAAGCAGAAGAAGCUCAAAGUAGACAAAUAAUAAAAAAAAAUUCAUUAAGCAUAGAUUUAUUACCUGAACAUCCUGAUGAUGUUAAAUUAGCUUCUCUUUUAUCAUUGAAACCUUCACAGGACAUAUCUGAAAAAUUAGAAGAAACUAGAAAAAAUAUUAUGAUGAAACCAGCAUUACCAUCAAGUACGGGUCGAUCCACAGUAUUUACAGGACUCCGUGCUGAAAAGCAUUUAAAAGAAACGGCUUUAAGCAGAAGUAAACUUGGUGUAGUGAUUAAAAAACCCAGCACGUUAGUUCCAGAAUAUGUAUCUUCAUCUAGCUCUGAAAGUGAAACAGUAUGA